UGUCGAAUGUCGAAUGAAACUGCAAACAUAUUAUAAGCAGUUUUAUUAGAGCCAUCGAUUAGUGUUUUUGAAAGCUUGAAAAAAACCAAAUAAAAUGGAACGAAAGGAACAAUUGUUAAUUAUUGACCCACCUUCGGAGCUAAAAUUUCGUGGUCCAUUUAUAAGACCGGUGGUAACUGUUAUGAAGUUGACGAAUCCGACGGAUAAUACUAUCUUAUUUAAAAUAAAAACAACUGCUCCAAGGAAGUAUUGCGUACGCCCAAAUUUCGGUGCUGUUAAACCUCAAUCUCAAACUGAAGUUGAAAUUUGUUUACAAGCCAGUUUUAUCUUCGAUCCUAGUGAAAAAAAUAAACAUAAAUUCAUGGUUCAAAGCUUUGUCGUACCCGAUGGAGCCGUGGAUCCUUUAAAACUGUGGAAAGAGGUUAAACCAGAACAAUUAAUGGAUACUAAGCUAAGAUGCGUUUUUGAACUCCCACCAGAGUGGCCUGCUGGUGAGACAGUUGCUCAAAAAGAAGAGGUAAAUGCGGAAGCUGAAAUAAAAACUAUAAGUGACGACAAGGUCAAAGAUUAUCGAGAUGAAUAUGUCAAGGCAACUUUAGAAAUUCGGCAGCUACGAGAAGAUGAAAGUCAGUUGCGACAAGAAAACUUAAAGUUGAAGGAGCAGUUAUUGAAGAAUGCCACUGCUGAUGUGAUGCAAAAAAAACAACAAACAUCGCCUUCAUCAGUACCAUACCAAAAUGCUUAUUCGCCGCCACAAUUAGGACAACAACCAGUUCCAGUUAUGUAUAUAGCUAUUGCAGUUAUUAUGGCAAUAUUUGGUUUGUUGCUUGGAAAGUACAUGCUUUGAAUCAUUUAGAUUUAUCCUGCAAAAUAUACUUAAUAAGAUAACAUAAAAAGAGACAUUGUGUUUAUAUAAUAUGUGUGUAUGUGUAUGUAUAAUUAUGUUUAAUAUGAAUAUUAUUGUAUGCACAUAAAUUAACAUUAAUUUUACAUUUUUG